GCUGACGGCGAGCGGACGCUGUUGCUCGAUGACCCUGGUGAUGGACUACCGCGGAGGCCUCCCCCUCGACUGGCUGGCCAGGGUGCGGUGCAACCCUUUGCUCAGGGUCGCACCGCCGCACCCCCUGCUCUUCCCGCCGCACCUGCUGCACCCGGCCUACCGGCUGCCCCCGCACCCUCCGAUGCCGCCCUCGGCGCCCCCCAACAUCUUCAGCCGCGAGCGUAGCCCCUCGCCGGGCACCUCGCGCCCUGACAGCUGCUCUCCCGGGCCCAGCAGCCCCUCCAAUGGUGACUGCGACGAGGCCAGCAAGAGGCGCCGCUCGCGCACCAACUUCAACAGCUGGCAACUGGAGGAACUCGAAAGGGCCUUCCAGGCCAGCCACUACCCUGACGUCUUCAUGCGAGAGGCCCUCGCCAUGAGACUCGACCUCAAGGAAUCCAGAAUAGCUGUUUGGUACCAAAACCGUCGUGCCAAGUGGCGCAAGAAGGAGCACACAAAGAAAGGCCCAGGUCGGCCGGCGCACAACGCUCACCCGCAGACCUGCAGCGGCGAGCCCAUCCCGGCCGACGAGUUGGUUCGCAAGGAGCGCGAGAGGCGCGAGAAGAAAAUCCUCAAGUCGCUGGAGAAGCAGCAGAAGAAACUGGCCCUGAAGGGCAUCCAGGUUGACCUCGAGGCACUGCGCAGGGACUGGGAGGCGCAGCGGCGCCGCCCGGCCACGCAGCACCAGCCGCACCAGACGCAGGCCACCGACCUGAGCGCGGCCACCCCCACCUCCCCUCCGCCACCCAAGCGCAACCCCUUCAGCAUUGAGAGUCUUCUGUGCAGGGUGGACACCAAGACGAGACUAGAGUGCAAGGACGCGCCCUGAGCGCCCGUGUUCCAGUGUUGCCAACAUAUCAAAAAUUUGAAAAAAAAAAUUAAGGAACCAGAGGGCAUUUUUUUCUGAUUUGUAAGUUUUUCUGCUUAAAUUCAGUGCAAUAUUUUUUCUCGCAAGAACUUUUCUACUUUGGUGCAAUUUUUUCUUUCACUAGUACCUGAAGACUUUUAAAUACACACUCAUUUUUCCACUUUAAAAGGUUUUUGCUUUCCAGUGCAUAUACAUUUUUUUUUUAAUUGACGAAGACUUUUACCAGACCUCUUAGUUCUGUACAGAUUUUUUUGUGAAAUACGUUUUAAGGUAUAAUAUUAUUCUCUGUGAUCUGCUGUAAAUCUCGAAAUUAAUAAAAUCUCUGGUCAGUGGCGUUAAUUUUCCAAACCUCUAAUUAAUUUUUGUAUAUUCACUCUGACGCCAAUUUUGUACUUGUUUACAGAUGAUAUCAAAACAUUUUAUGUAAAUAAUAUGUAUCUAAAUAUAUAUGAAAUGAAUAGAUGUGCGAAGUUAAUAAAUGUUAAUUUUA